AUGUGUAAUACCGAAUGCACAUACGACGCCGCCCAAGACCGACGACGACCAGUAUCCAAGGCCUACGUGGCUGCACUUGAGAAUCGUGUAGCCUGGCUGGAAGGGUUAUGGGAAAGCCAAAAGGAGGAGGCAGGAGAAAUUGAAGAAGAACUGGAGGAUGGAGAACGAGAUCGGCCCUGCCGCUUAGCAUCCGAACCACAGCCUGACCGCGAGUUAUCUCACAGACCCGUCGAGCAUCUCCAGAUUGAUAAUAUUACUGGGGAAGUUCGGGAGUACGGACCGACGUCAAUGUUCAAACAUCUUCCCGCAACCGAAAACUCGUCCACUAGUCCUGAAAAGCCUAGAACGUCCUCUUCUACAACCAUCACCACGCAUUCUGGAAAGCUCGCACUGUCAGGCUUGCAAGAAACGUUUGACAAGGCAAUGCAUCUAAAAGCGCUUCGCGCGUUCUUCGCCUUCUUCAACCCUUGGUGCUGGUGGGUGGACGAAAAGCGCUUCAGAGACGAUAUGGGUACCGUUCCUACAGAAGCGAGUGCGUUUGUAAGAAACGAACUCCGCACAGAUCAUUAUAGCCCGCUCCUACAUUUCGCCAUCCUUGCCAUCGGAGUCAUGUACUUGAACGAGGGGCCUAGUUUCGAUCGAGGACGUGUUUCCGACUCUUUUGCAAGAAAUGCCGCUACAUUCUUUGAGGAAGAAAUUGAGAGUGCCAAGUUGAGUGCAGUGGUUGGACUGAUGUUGUUGGGAUCGCAUCAUGCAGGACAUGCUAGGCAGAGUCUGGGAUAUAUCUACUCGGGGACCGGCAUGAGAUUGACUCGGAUUCUUGGCCUCAGUACUGAUGUCUCCUCUUGGGUCGAUAAGGGCCUCAUAAGUCCGGAGACCAAGCGUUCUCGUGACCGAAUCUGGAACAACGUCUACAUCCAAGACAAGCUAUGGUCGACCUAUGUCGGUCGUGCACCUGCUCCCAACCUGUCCAACUGGCAUAUGGUGUUAUGCCCGAUCGAUAAAGAGGAGGAUGCAAGGCCUUGGCACGGCUUGGAUGAUUCUGAGUCUGAGCCAGUUCGAAGCUCCUGGGUAGCGUCGACGUUGGCUUGGACCUGCAAGCUUGCAAGGAUUAUUGAGCUUACCUUGACUCAUAUCUACUCUACCCGAACCUCCGGCAAGAUACGGAACAACAGAUACGACCUUUGUGUUUUGUUGGAAAAGUGGAAUGAAGAGCUUCCCGAGCAGCUUCGCGUCAGCUCAUCCAUGCUUCGGGGCCAGGGCGUACUAUCGAUACUGCCUCAUGUUCUGGUCAUGAAUAUAAUGUUUCAUUUUGCAAUCAUUCUGCUUAACCGACCAGAUUCUUGCGGCACGCCACAGCGUCGGAGACCAAUAUCUAAGACGCACAACUCUGAUAUUCUGACGACCGCUACUGAGAAGUGCAAUCAAGCCGCUGUCAAGGUUUUGCAUCUCGCUGAGGUAUUCGACAGGACUUACGGACUUCGAUGUGCUCCUGUCUCCAUGACCCAAUUUAUAUUCACUGCUGGAACCGUUCACUUGCCCAGUGCAGCCAACAACCAGAAAGCGGAUCUUGAUGUCGACUUAGUGAAGAGAUACAUCGACCUCUUACAAUCGAUGGGUCAGACAUGGCAGUGCGCCGCACAGAGUGCAGAUGUGAUGAAGCGAUUACUGCAGGAAUGCUGUAAUAAGUUGAUCAGCCUGAACGAAAUUCCGGGCCCGAUUAGUGAAUCGAAGAACUCCGGGAGGGUCAAUGGAAGUUCAUCGCCGUCGAUGUCUCGAACGAUCGACAUCCAAGAAAUGAUUCGACAAAAGCCUGAGGUGGUCCAGCAGCUUCAGCGGCUAGGUUGGGUUCCUCCUCCGGUGGAUCCAGCCACAUGCUCCUCGUCUGGUAUCCCCUCCAACGGAGACACUCUUUCGAUGACUCCGAGCUCCGUGCAAGUUGAAGGCUCUGGCGUUCCGACAGCUCAACAAUAUCAUGCCACACACGAUGCCGCUAUCGAAGAUACCUCAUGGAUGCUGCAGCCCGACUGGUGGGCAGACCAUUCUUACACCUCUAGCCUCUCCCCAUUGCAUGGGCAAUCACUGUUCGAUAUGUUAAUAGCCAAUAACAUUGUGGCUCCGGACUAUUGGACUAGCAAUCCCUUUAAUGUUGAAAUGGGUGACGGCAGGCCGCCGGGAUGGGGUACUUUUGCGCCUAAUGGUAUGACGGGGAUUUAG